UGAACGUCGCACCCUCCUGCAGUCUCGGCCGCGGUAUUCUUGCCCUCGGCUUGCAGCUGUAGUAUCUUCUCGGUCGUGUUGUACGACAACCGCGGUCUGUAUCGUUGGAGAGAUGCCAAUUUUUCUACUCGCCUAAUGUUACUCUUUUCAUAAACGUUUCGUAGCUCGUACUUUUAACCCUAAUCCCCAGGCACAUUGCUAGCAUCGCGCUAGCCAUAUUGCUAACCAGUCGGAAAAUGAACUCCAGCACGCACGUCAUUCAGGUGACAAAUGUCUCCCCGAGCACGACGUCCGAGCAAAUGAGGACUCUGUUCGGGUUCCUCGGAAACAUAGAAGAGCUCAAGUUGUUUCCACCUGAUGACUCUCCCUUGCCUGUGACUUCACGUGUCUGUUUUGUAAAGUUCCUUGAGUCUGAAUCGGUGGGGGUUUCUCAACACCUGACAAACACCGUCUUCGUGGACAGAGCCCUGAUUGUGGUCCCUUUUGCGGAAGGAGUCAUUCCUGAUGAAUCUAAAGCUAUGUCGCUGCUGGCUCCAGCCAAUGCCGUGGCAGGAAUGAUGCCUGGAGGAGGCCUUCUUCCAACACCCAAUCCACUGGCAUCAAUGGGAGCGACACCAUUUGGAGGUCUUGGAGCUCCCAACAUGGAUCAAAUGGCUGCCAUGGGAAUGUCUGGACCAAACAUGAACCCUCAGGCUCUGUCUGCGGACUUCCUGAAGCUCAUGCAGUCCAUGGAUCCCAAAUUGAAUCCAUUAGCGGCUGGACUGAACUUGAAUCCAGGGCUUAAGAGCGAUGCCUCUAAUAAGGAGAUUGAAGAGGCCAUGAAGAGAGUCCGAGAGGCUCAGUCUUUGAUCUCUGCAGCCAUCGAACCUGGAAAUAAGAAAGAUGACAAGCGCAAGCAUUCCCGCUCCCGUUCGCGGUCUCGUCGCAGACGGUCCAGAUCUCGCUCAAGACACAGACGCUCAAGAAGCAGAUCUCGGAAGAGGUCACAUUCAAGGAGUAGGAGGAGGUCCCGGAGCCCACGAAGGAGGAGGUCCCACUCCCGGGAAAGAGGUCGCCGCAGUAGAUCAAGGGACCGGAGAAAGGAAGAAAAGUCCAAGAAAAGGUCAAAAACACCCCCCAAGAGCUACAGCAGUGCCAGGAGAUCUCGAAGCAUCAGCCGGAGGCACAGGCGAAGCCGCAGUGCUUCUCGUUCCCCCAGGAAGAAGCCUUCCAGGUCUCCAUCACCUAGACGUCACAAGAAAGAGAAGAAGAAGGACAAGGAUCGUGAGAAGGAGCGGGAUAGAGACAGAAGAGAGGACAGGGACCGGAGUAGGGAUGAAAGGGAACGCUCCAACAGUAAAAAGAAGAAGAGCAAGGAUAAGGAUCGCGAACGAGACCGCAAGUCUGAUAGUGAGAAAGGAGACGUAAAGGUGACCCGGGAUUAUGAUGAGGAGGAACAAGGUUAUGACAGCGAAAAAGAAGGAGACGAGGAGGACGACGAGAGGAAGAGCGACUCUGACUCUGCCUCGUCCCCCAAAGGCCAGGAGGAGAGGGAGAGGGAGAGGUCUGAGGGCCAAAUUCCCAAAAAGUCAAAACUAAAUGGAGAUGAUCACCAUCAGGAAGACAUGGAGAUGAGCGAUUAGAACAUCCUCAAGACCGUUAUCUGUCCACUGUCCUUUUAUAUUUUUAAUAUCGGCCACAUCAUAUCUGUGCCUGAUCGUUCUGUUGAAAAGAUUUGUCGUCUUAACGGUAGAAGCCUUGGGGGAGGGGAGGCGAAUGAUUUUUGUAAAGAUGCGGAAAAACGAGACGUUAAAUAACACGUGUCGUGGUUUUAAAUUGUCAUUGCUGUACUUUUUUAAGAUCUUGUUGAUUUUGUGUUCAAACUUUGUCUUUCUGACAGUAGAAUACACAGCGUUUUCCUCUGAAAUGCUGUAUUUGUAAAUAUUGUCAGAACUAACCCUUUCCUGAGUCAGACUGUUAGUUAUGCACCACUCAUCACUGGCUUUAUCUUAGUUUUAUUGUUUGUUUGUUUUUGUUUGGGUUGCUGAACCAUUUCUGCUCCAAGUGUAAUGCACCCAGUCGUGUUUCAGCUUACCUUCCUAUAACUGUACACUGUAGACUGAAAAAUGUUGCAAGGAAAUACUUAGUUUGCAACAGAUUUUCCAGAGGAAACAAAUAAAAAUGGAUCAAACCGUCAA